AUUAUCAAACGAUCCAUACGAGAAGCAUCUCCCCUUUUUGAUGCAAUUGGAUGUUGAGUUGCAUUAAUCGCAAGAAUUGACAACAUGAAGAUGGCGGACGGACCUACAAUCUUGAGAAGAAAUAGACCCGGAACUAAAGCUAAAGAUUUUAGUAUGUGGCCGGAUGAAGUGUUCGAAGAAAUGGAUAGUACAUUGGCCGUACAACAAUAUAUACAACAAACGAUCAGGAGAGAACCGUCAAAUAUAGAAUUGAUACUUAAUAUGCCAGAUGCUCAAGAUGAAGGAGUUUGGAAGUAUGAACACUUGAGACAAUUUUGUAUGGAACUUAAUGGAUUGGCAGUUAGAUUACAAGAAGAAUGUCAUCCUGAGACAUGUAAUCAAAUGACUGCGACUGAACAAUGGAUAUUUUUAUGCGCUGCUCAUAAAACUCCUAAAGAAUGUCCUGCUAUCGAUUAUACCAGACAUACAUUAGACGGUGCAGCUUGUUUGUUAAACAGUAAUAAAUAUUUUCCCAGCAGAGUAAGCAUCAAAGAAUCUUCAGUGGCGAAACUUGGAUCUGUAUGUCGCAGAGUAUAUAGAAUAUUCUCUCAUGCAUAUUUCCAUCACAGAACGAUAUUCGAUGAAUUUGAAAAUAAAACAUUUCUUUGUCGAAGGUUUACUGCAUUUGUAACUAAAUACAAUCUGAUGUCUAAAGAUAAUUUGAUAGUACCUAUUAUGGAAGAAGAUGGUGCAACUGAAAGUGAUGCAUAAAAUUUUUACUGUUUAAUUAAUUGAAAAAUAGUAUUACACAAGAAGAAACAAAAGAAUUAUCAGAUUUAGGAAGAUCUGGUGGGAAUCUCUUGUUCCAUAAUCAGAAUACAUUUUCCCAAGAAAUCAUUUGUUAAUGCGAAAGUGUAUUCUUAUAAAAGGUUGGUAAAGUUUUUCUCUUAGAAAAUGUUUUAUACCUAAUGGGUAUAAUAUCACGUCGAAAGAGAAAAUGAGUAGAAAAAUGAUAUUGAUGACUUUUUGAAGAAGGAAGAAAGA